AUGAGACUUUCACUUGCUGCUCUUGUCUCGAGCCUGGCUCUCGCUAGUGCAGAGCCGCUUGUCCCGGUGCUUGACCGACCUGCCAUGGUCAAUGAUGAGAUUGCCAACUUCACCAGCUCCCUGCCCCGCGGUAGCCUCCGCAGCCGCCAAUCCGUCUCUCCCUGGGCGGGCUCCGUCCAGGAGGGCAGCGGCUGGAGCUUCGUCACCGGCACCUCGGUCGUGCCCUCCGUGUAUAACCAGGGCAACUCUGGAGCCGCGACGUGGGUCGGCAUCGACGGUGAGCGCUGCGGCAACGCCAUCAUCCAGACGGGCUUCACCAACUGGGGCAACGGCGCCGUCGAGACGUGGUACGAGUGGUGGCCCAACCCGAGCUACAACUACCGCUCCGUUAGCGCCAAGGCCGGCGACACGAUCCGGAUGAGCGUGUGGGCGUACGGCACGCGCAGCGGCAAGGUGCUGCUGGAGAACCUGACCACGGGCCAGUCCGACUACCGCACAUUCAACAAUAUGAACGCCGAGCUGUGCCUGACGGACGCCGAGUGGAUCAUCGAGCAGUUCACGGACACGAGCAGCGGCAACCACGUGUACCUGGCCAACUUUGGCACGAUCGACAUCACCAACACUCAGGCAAAGGGCAACCGCGGCACGGUCGGCGCGGACGGCGGCAACAUUGUUGAGAUUUACGACGGGAACCAGCAGAUGACCAGCUGCGGAACCAACAGCUACGGCGUCGAGUGCCGCUACAUUGCGUAA